AUGCCACAGUUUCUCACUCCCGAUGCACAAACCUUGCUUCGAGCUUUAUUCAAACGAAAUCCAUCUAACAGACUUGGUUACGGUCCAGAUGGUUUUGAACAACUGAAAGCACAACCGUUUUUCUCCAGUAUUUCAUGGUCCGGACUAUUGGAUCGAACAUAUCCCGCUCCCUAUCGUCCAGUGUGUUCACCACAUCAAGCGAGCGUCGCCCUGGAUUCCGUGUCUUCAUCCCCCUCACUCAAAGCUCCGGUGUUUACUCGAUCUCCCACACCAGCUGCCUCAAUAACUCCAUAUCACAAUGGUCCACUUGGCUCAUACGGUACCGAUCACAACGGUCGAAUGAGUGAUUCUGUCUAUUCUGGUUUCGGUGUCGAUUCCCGUUCCAGUGUGGAACCAGGUUCAUGGUUUGCCAAGCCGCUUGAUUCCAACAGCAAGCGAGCCGAAUCUAACCUCCGCCUGGAAGUGACCGGGCCAUCGGGCGCUAUUGCUUUCCCGAAUGUGAAGACCACUCCGUUCACUGAUGAUUAUGAACUGAAAGAGGUCAUCGGUCGUGGCGCGCAUGCAACCUGUCAACGCUGUGUACACCGUCGCACAUUUGAGGUUUAUGCGGUUAAGUGCCAUUUCAUCCAACGAACUGUUGGAGAGGACGGAUCAAACUUCUCGGAUGCGUGGAGGGAGACGCUUCAACCAAAGCUGGCGGAGGAUGGCGUCAUCAAGUACGCGGGUGCCAAGGAGUUGCCGCAUGUGUCGCAACAACUGGGAAGGAGUGCGGUCGCCCAUUUCGAGGUCCCCAAACAACUCAUCUAA